AGAGGAUGUCUGCUAAACGACUCCAUUAGGCCUGAGCCCUGCCUAGUCCCCUGAGGCAGAGGAGAGUAGACUGCUGCUAGGAGAAGCAGACAGACGGUGUCUUCAGUGAGCAAGAGAGCUACACCCAGGGAACAUCUCGCUGUCAGGCAGAGCUCACAGAGCAAAUGCAGUAAAAAUCGAGGUGAAUCGAACGGAAUUGCACAGCGGACACGAUCUGGGUUUCCGAGAUCUGAGCAUCACGAUGACGUACUACCUGGUGCUGGGAGCGGUGGUCCUCAUGGGGGACGUCGCAGUGGGACAUGCCGUGCCAGGGGGAGACCGGUACGCCAAGGGUGUGGACUGGCUGAGCCGCUACGGGUACCUGCCCCCUCCGGACCCCAGCAGGGGCAAACUGCAGACGAGGGAGGGCCUCGAGAGGGCCAUCCGAGUGAUGCAGAGAUUCGCUGGCCUGCGGGCGACGGGCAGGCUGGACAACGCUACCCUCGCCCUCAUGUCCACCCCUCGCUGCUCCUUACCUGACAUCGUGGGAUCGGCCGACCUGCUGAGGAAGCGCAGGAGGCGGUACGCAUUGUCGGGAACGCGCUGGGACAAGAGCGACAUUACAUGGAGCAUCCACAGCUAUCCGUCCUCCUCAAUGUCUCCCUCCCUUCAGCCACAGCACGUGGAUCUCAUCCUGAACUACGCUCUCCAGAUGUGGAGUGACGUGAUCCCUCUGCAGUUCCGCCACAUCUCCAGCACAGACGGAGGAAGCGUCACCGAAGGGGACAUUCGGAUCUCCUUCGCCCGCUCCCUUCAUGAUGACGGGUACCCCUUUGAUGGGAAAGGGGGCACGCUUGCACAUGCUUUCUUCCCAGGGAUAAGUGACAUCGCUGGAGAUGCACACUUCGAUGACGAAGAGACCUGGAGUUAUGGAGGUGACAGUGGCAGCAUGGACCUCUUCACCGUGGCUGUCCAUGAGUUUGGCCACGCCCUGGGCCUGUCCCACUCGUCGUCCUCCCAGUCCAUUAUGAGGCCCUACUACCAGGGUGCAGUGGGGGACAUUCGGCAGUACCGCCUUCCUGCGGACGACACGUUGGCAAUUCGGACGCUCUACGGUGAGCGCUUUGCUGGUGUCACUCCGCUCCAGCAGCAGCCUGACACUCACGGCAUCCCCGUCCCCAAACCUUGUCGCCAUCACAGCCUGGAACGUGCCCUGCCAAAUCGCUGUGACGGAGGCUUUGAUGCAGUGGCCAACAUCAGGGGAGAAGUCUUCUUCUUUAAAGGGCCGUACUUCUGGAGAAUCCAAAGGUCCGGCUCAUUGGUCUCCCUUUCCCCGGCGCUCAUUCGCAAGUUCUGGAUCGGACUCCCCCCAGGAAUGGAUAAAGUUGAUGCAGUCUAUGAGAGAAAGAGUGGAAACCAUAUUAUCUUCUUCACUGAGCAGCAGUACUGGGUUUUCAAGGACACGUCAGCCCUGCCAGGCUAUCCCCGGCCGCUGUCUGAUUGGGGCGUGCGCACCGCGGCAGGGCUCCCUCCUGUCAGCGUGGGAGCCGCCUUUGUUUGGGCACACAAUGGAAAGACCUACCUGUUCAGUGGCGGGGAGUUUUGGAGGUUUGACGAGACUGGCCCAGAAACAGAGAUGAAGCUGGAAGGAGGAUACCCCAAGGAGGCUUCGCUCUGGAAAGGGGUUCCCUCUGACCCAGAUGACAUCAUCAGCUGGGGAGAUGGAGAUGCUUAUUUCUUCAAGAACAACUCCUACUGGGUGCUGAAAAGAGGGGGAUUAGAUCAGGAACACGUCACUGCUAAAUCCAUCGCGACCGACUGGAUGAGAUGCUCCCCGCCACCGACUCCCACGGACUCCACGGCCGGGUCUCGUCCGAGGUGCUGCGACUGCGACCGCGACCGCAACGGAAGCGGAGAGGGGGUCACGACUGCCGCUGUGCGCUGGCUCAUCCUGCUGUCUGUCACCGUCACGCUGCAUGCGGUGCCAUUUCCGCUGGCGACGGACCCUCAACCGGCGUGCCGAAUUGAAAUCGCCCCCUGCCGCGUUGUCUGAAGCAUGUAUUGCUGCACUUCCUUCUCUGCGGUGAACAGUGGCUUCAAAAAUGUUUUUUAAAUCAAUAAAUGUUGUUCAAACAUUUUUAUUUUAUCCCCAACUUAUGUUAAGCAAAAGAUGUCUAUGUAACAUACUGUACACUGAGUGCCACUGUAUUAAAGGUGUCCAAACACAACUCCAAGACUUUUACACAGUA